AUGGACAGGGCAGAAGGAGAGAAAUCUGUAACUGAUGAAAAAGUAUCUCUUAUUACAGCAGAAGGAGAAACACACCUAAAGCAGGACAUGAUAGGAAGACAAGUACAAAAUGAUGGGGACAAAGGUGAAGGAGAGCAGACGAUGAAACCAGUAAAGGGAGAUUCAGGACUUCCAAUGGUACUGGUUGGAGAAGGACAAAAAGAGCAGCUACACAAUCUCCACACUGAUCAGGAAGUACAGAAAGAAGAAGAGACACAAAAGCAAGGACAGCUGCAGGCAGUGCAACAACCGAACAGAAGACCGCAAACUCAAACAAAUGUCAAGAGAGGAGAAAAAGGACAACUACAAGAGAAAGAGCUCCAUGUGGAUCAACAACAGGCAGUCAGGAAGAGGAGGCGUCAGGAAGAAGGCAAAGAGGAGACACAGAAGACUAAAAAGCCAAAAGAACAAAAUAAAGGAGAAACUAACAUAGAGCAAGAUGUAAAGAUGGAGGUUGAAGGAGAAGCUAACACAGAGCAAGAAAAAAAGAUGGAUGUUGAAGGAGAAGCUAACAGAGAGCAAGAAGAAAAGAUGGAGGUUGAAGCUAACAGAGAGCAAGAAGUAAAAGAUGAACCUCAAAAAUGUGAUAUGAAUUCACAACUGGGUCAAGCACACGUGUGUCAGGAAAACCAACAGGUGGAGCCGAUGGACUCUUAGGAAACAUUAGGAAACUCGAACAAGAAGGAGGAAGCUGUCUAACUCUAUGCAGAUGUUCUAGUUGAACUGGUCACUUCAGCCAUAAAAAAUAUAGCUGAAUGCAAUAUUAUUUAAUCUCAGGACCAGAGUAUAAAAACCAACAAACUAGCGACUCCUCCUCACUCUCUGAGCUCUAUCUUUAUCAAGAUUUAUCAUGUAUUAAAAUAUAUUUUGUCCAUGCAAACAACCUUUUGUCAAAAAGUGCAGACAAUGUCUAAAUCAAGUUUUAGAAAAACUCUAUAAAGCUUAGGAACUUUCACAGUAAAAGUCUACCACUUCAUUUCAUGUCACCACUGCAUUUAUUGUGAAUGAUAUGCAGGAAGUGGCAAAGUGUCAGCGAUAGCUUUAUGUAAAUCAAUGGAGUGGAAAAGAAAGCUGUGUUUUAAGUGGACUGGUGACGGAUCUGCUUAAUAAGGUCAGCAUCGGCGCUGAUACUGAUCCAAUUGAUCAGAACUGUGCUUGUGUGUUGUAUGGGUGCAUCAAAAGCCUCAGUGAUAUGUGUAAAUUGGUAUAAAAUGGUAAUUUGGAGUUUUAAGUUGCUAUUUUUGUUUCUACUGUUGUGUGUUUUGAAUAUAUUUUUCUAUUGUUACAUGUUUGUCUUAUUCCUGCAAGAGAAUUAAUACAGGGCUCUCAUGCCUUCCAUCUUGUAUGUGCAGUGUGAGAUCAGGUCAUGAGUUAGUGUUGCAGGUUUUAUACAUGUGUUGUAUGGAAAACAUUUUAAUUAUUUGUAUCUGUCACUUUCUGUGCCAUUUGCAAAUAUAGAUUUGUUCACAAAAACAAAAGUUAGUACAUGUAUGACAAAGUAAAGCCAGUGCUGAAAUCAUUGUA